AUGUCAGAUCUUUGUCAAAAUUGUAAACAUCGAUAACUCAAAUCCAAAUUGACAGGCAAGAAAUUCUCAAUGCACAUCCUAAAUUAGAUCCGACAAUUACGUUCACCACGUAAUAUUGAAACACCAUUUAUAAAUGUUAUUGAUUACUUACAAAGAAUACAUAGAAAGAAAGAAGAUGACUAAUAUGAGGAGUAAGAUUCAGAAAAACUACAACAAUACAGUCACAUUCCAACUCACAUCUCAAAGUAGAAAACUGAUGCCUAAGUGGAAGAUGCAACAACCACCACAUCCAGAUAAAUUCAAUUUCCAGUCUCCAUGUUUAUUUCAAGAGGAGCUUCAGCUACUAAAGUUAAAAGCAGUGCAUUCUACAAGAUGAGAAAAACGAGUUAAAGUUCUAGAGACAACAAAAGAAAGCGGAAUAUUGAGAUCGGACCAAUGUUUAAUUAAACCAUAAACUGUGAGGAGCUUUAAUUCAAAAAUGGAUGA